AUGGAUCUAAGCAUGUCUUCUUUAAUUGAUGAAUCAUCUACGACGAAUUCCUUUCGUUCAGUUGGCACUCAAGCUGAUCUUAUUACAGGUCGUCAAGGUGAAGAAUUUGUUUUUCGUUAUCUUAAAUGGAAAUAUCCUAAUGAAGAUAUUAAAUGGAUCAAUCAACAAGAAGAAUCCGGUAGACCUUAUGAUAUUCAUAUGAUUAUUAAGUCAGAAAAUAAUCGAGAAGAAUUUAUUGAAGUUAAAACAACUCGAUCUUAUGAUCAAAAUACAUUUUCAGUAUCUAUUGGCGAAGUUGAAUAUCUUCUUGAACAUCCAUCAAAUUAUUAUAUUUAUCGAGUUUAUUAUGCUGAUAAAAUUGAUUCAUCAACGAUCACAGUGAUAAACAGAAUCAAGAAGAAUUUGCAACAAAAAAAUCUUAAACUUUCUAUGACUUUUGAAUCGAAACUGAAUAAUUAA